AUGGGGCUGUCUAGUGGUUUGGUGUGGCUCCUAAGCUUGCAGAUUUUUACAGAAAGCGCAUCAGCUGGUUUACCAGUGAGGUUGGUCAACUCUGGCACCCGCUGCUCUGGCAGAGUGGAGCUUUUCCAUGAUGAACAGUGGGGGACAGUGUGUGAUGAUUUCUGGGACCUAAAUGAUGCUCAGGUGGUGUGUAGACAGCUGGGCUGUGGCAUGGUUCUGUCAGCACAAUCGGGUGCUCAUUUUGGACAAGGCACAGGGCCCAUCUGGUUGGAUGAUGUCUCGUGCACAGGAACAGAAUCAAAGCUCACGGAGUGCAGCCACGCAGGGAUUGGAACUCACAACUGUGGUCACCAUGAGGAUGCUGGUGUUGUCUGUGACGACAUCAUCAUCUUAAUGAAGUCGUUUGAAUUCCAUGUUUUAUCUCAUAUCAAUAAAAUUGUGUUGCAUGUUUUAGAUCCACCAGUGAGGUUGGUCAACUCUGGCAACCGUUGCUCUGGCAGAGUGGAGGUCUACCAUGAUGGACAGUGGGGGACAGUGUGUGACGAUAACUGGGACCUAAAUGAUGCUCAGGUGGUAUGUAGGGAGCUGGGCUGUGGCAUUGCUCGUGCAGCACCGCUGAAUGCAGCUUAUGGAGCCGGCAGUGGACCCAUCUGGUUGGACAAUGUCAAUUUCUAA